UCUACUACUUAGCAUUAAAAGAGAGUAGAAAAUGGAGGGGAGUUUUAAUGUCUCUAUGGGUGGAGCCAUUGAUGAUUCUUCCAAGUUUGAUGAUGAUGGACGCCCCAAACGAACUGGAACGGUGAUGACUACAAGUGCCCAUAUCAUAACAGCAGUGAUAGGUUCAGGAGUGUUAUCUUUGGCAUGGGCUACAGCCCAAUUGGGAUGGAUAGCAGGACCAGUUGCUCUCAUUGCUUUCUCAGCCAUAACAUGGUUCACUUCUCUCCUCCUUGCCGAUUGUUAUCGCGCCCCCGAUGGCUCUCGUAGCUACACCUAUAUGGAUGCUGUUCGAGCCCAUCUAGGAGGAAGGAAAGUCCAGCUUUGUGGAUUAGCUCAAUAUAGUAACCUUUUUGGUGUUACCAUUGGAUAUGCAAUCACCACAUCCAUAAGCAUGGUGGCAAUUAAAAGAUCCAACUGCUUUCAUAGGAAAGGUCAUGAUGCUGGUUGUCAUGAGUCAAACAAUCCCUUCAUAAUUUUAUUUGGGAUUAUGCAAAUCCUUCUAUGCCAAAUCCCAAAUUUUCACAAGCUUUCAUUCCUUUCCAUCAUUGCUGCUGUUAUGUCAUUUGCUUAUUCUUUCAUUGGACUUGGUCUCUCCAUUGCCAAGAUUGCAAAGGAUGGAGUAAGUGCAAACACAAGCUUAACAGGGACAUCAGUUGGAAAAGAUGUAUCAGGCACAGACAAGAUGUGGAACACCUUCUCUGCUCUUGGAGAUAUUGCCUUUGCCUAUGCUUUCUCUACUGUUCUUAUUGAAAUUCAGGACACUUUGAAAUCCCAUCCACCAGAAAAUAAGUCCAUGAAGAAAGCUGCAUUGGUUGGUAUCUCUGUGUCAACAAUAUUUUACACUCUAUGUGGACUUCUAGGGUAUGCUGCAUUUGGAAACAAAGCGCCUGGAAACUUUCUAACAGGAUUUGGAUUCUAUGAACCUUUCUGGCUUGUUGAUUUCGCUAAUGUAUGCAUUGUGGUUCAUCUCGUUGGAGCUUACCAGGUGUUCUGUCAACCUCUAUUUGGAUUUGUAGAGGGUUGGAGCAAACAGAAAUGGCCACAAAGUAAAUUCAUAACAAAAGAAUACAUGAUCAACCUUUCACCUUUGGGGUUGUUCAAUUUCAAUUUUUACAGGCUGGUGUGGAGAACUUCAUAUGUGGUAUUCACAACCAUAUUAGCCAUGUUAUUCCCAUUCUUCAAUGAUUUUGUCGGUCUUCUGGGAGCAGCCUCAUUUUGGCCACUCACUGUCUAUUUCCCUAUUCAAAUGUACAUUGCACAAGCCAAGAUUCCUAAAAAUUCAUUUACCUGGAUUUGGUUGAAUAUAUUGAGUUUUGUGUGCCUGAUUAUCUCACUUCUUGCUGCUGCUGGAUCUGUUCAAGGCCUUAUCAAAUCUCUCCGGGAAUUCAAGCCCUUCCAAUCUCGGUCUUGAGGUUCCUGUGGCUAAUGUGUAGAGAAUAAGAAAGGAAGACAAGCACCUCCCCUAAAGCCUCCUCCAACUUUCCUUUUCUUUUAGUGACAUACAGAAUGGUUUGCCUUCACUAAUCGAAGGCAUACACAUUUCAUUAUCGUGUAUUGUAAGACUGAUUUCCUAGAUUUGGUGUUACAAAAUUGCUAUAGGCAUAAACUUUUACAAUCUUUAAGACUCAUUUCCUAGA